AUGCCGAAAGUUGUUGAAACGGUUGAUCUUUCCACCACCUCAAGCGCCUACUAUGCGCCGGCGACUAUUGCCCCCGCGGGCAAGGUGAUUCAUAUCGCUGGCCAACCUGGAAGCACAAAGGAUGGCGUUGUGCCGACCGAUUAUGAGUCGCAGAUCCAUCUGGCCCUGUUAAACCUUCGGAAGCUCAUUAUCGCCGCCGAAUCCUCCAUUGAACAUAUUGUCAAGCUCAACCUUUACAUUGUCGACUACGAUGCAGCCAGUCGGAAGCAUGCCCGUCACGUCCAACGAUUUCUAGGUCGACACCGGCCAGCAAUUACCCUGAUCCCGGUGCCCAAGCUUGCAGUGCCCUCAUGGCUGUUCGAAAUUGACGCCGUCAUCGCCUUACCGGAGCCUUCGCUCCCUCCGGUCCUGUCCGCCGCGACUGAGAAUACUGACAUCAUCAUCGUCGGAGCUGGCCUUGCUGGGCUUUCUGCCGCUCACGAUGUCUUGAGCGCAGGCCUAUCCUGUGUCAUUCUGGAGGCGCGCGAUCGUGUUGGUGGCAAGACUUGGAACAUGCCUCUCAAGGAUGGCAAGGGCAUCGUCGACCUCGGCGCCGCCUGGACCAACGACUCCAACCAGAGUAGGGUUUACGCUCUGGUACGGCGCUUGGGCGUGGAGAUGAUUGAGCAGAAUACGCGAGGUAGUGCGGUUUUGCAAGAUUUUGAUGGCGAAUGUACUCCUUUCGCUUAUGGAGAGCUGCCGAAUUUUGACGAGGCAACCCAGGCUCAUGUGGCAGAGAUCCGUGACAUGUGUGAGGCAGAUUGCCAGGCCCUUGACACUUGGCGGCCUAAGGAAACCAGCCUAGAUUCCGUCACAUUUGAUGCCUAUCUGCGCUCGCGUGGAGCCAGUGAGAUAGCCUUGGCUACUGCCACUGUAUGGACCCGCGCAAUGCUCGGGCAAGACCCGAAGGACAUCUCGGCCCUCUACUUUUUGAACUAUUGCAAGUCCGGCGGUGGUCUGUUGCAGAUGCGAUCUGAUCGCAAGCAUGGCGGCCAAUACUUGCGAAUUCGCCAGGGCACCCAAGCAUUGUCUUUGGGACUGGCAUCUUCGCUUCCCGCAGACAUCGUGAGGCUUUCCAGCCCGGUUCACUCGGUCAUCCAAAACAUGGACCGGUCGGUCCAGGUCCACGCGGGGGGUGCUGUUUUUGCGGCCCGAAAGGUCAUCAUCACGGUGCCUAGCCCUUGUUUGAGGAAUAUUUCGUUCCACCCCAAGCUUCCUCCCGCAAAGCAGACAUUUAUUGAAUCCACCACUUAUGGGUAUUACACAAAGGCCAUGGUGGAGUUCCGUUCGCCUUUUUGGGUCCAGCGUGGUUUCUGUGGCCUCGCCCAAUCCUUCACCGGGCCUGCUAGUGUAGUGAGAGACACCAGCAGUCCCGAGGAUCGCAAGUACGUCCUCACAUGCUUCAUGUCGGGUGACCCUGGCCGAGCCUGGGCCGCGCUUCCAGCCAAGGAGCGAGAGCAGAGCUUGCUGCAGCAACUCGGUAAGCUUUUCGGUGUCACCGAUCUGGACAACGAGUUUGUCCAGUUGGCCAUGUACGAGUGGACGAACGAUGAAUAUGCAGGCUGGGGCUGCCCGUGCGCUGCCCUCACCCCAGGCGUGCUGGACACUGUUGGUCCUGAUGCGCUACGUGAAAACGCCGGCAAUUUGCACUUUGCAGGCACCGAGACUGCUGGUGAAUGGAAGGGUUACAUGGAGGGUGCUGUCCGUAGCGGAGAACGAGCGGCGGCAGAGGUUAUCAAGGCACUCAAUUCCGAUCCUUCUUCACGACUAUGA